AUGUCAGGGGGUUCUAAGAAGAAGACUAGAGCAACUGUAGAAGAAACUGCGAAAGAAGAUUCUACAGCCGCGAAAAUUGCUGAAGCUAAUCCUGAUGCUAGCAAGUUAGCCGAAAACGUGACUAUGGAUGCUAUCCAAGCUAACAUUUUGGCAGCGCUGAAGAAUAUCCAGGAUGACAUCAAAAGAGAGUUUAAUGAUAAAAUCGACACUCUUAAGACUGAGGUGAGCGGUUUUAGAGUGGAAAUUGUCGGAAGACUGGAAGGUCUUAACGCAGACUUAAAUGGCGUCACACAGAGAGUUGAGGAAGCCGAGCAGAGAGUGGCGGACAUGGAGGAGUUCAGUGCUGAUGUCAAAGACGCACUGGAGCACACGCUACAACUACAGCUCGAGCUACAAACAAGGCUGACUGACAUCGAGUCCCGGGCACGCAGAAACAAUAUCAGAGUCCAUGGAAUUGUGGAGGAGCUAAACUACGAGUGUUCUAUGGUGGAGCCGUCUCCACUUUCUUCUCCGACUUCCAGCGGUGUGCGGCUGCAGGGAGGCUGGAGCCGCUGUGACGGGGUGUUGGAGCUCAGACACAAAGGGAAGAUGACUCGUCUGUUGCCCUUUAAUGAAGAGAGACACUGGGACGAUGGUCCUAGAUUCACUGUGUGCAGGAAUCUGGACUGUGGCACCGCUGUUUUUGCCGAAUACACAGACGGCUUUGAUUCCCGGGCACUGGACCUGUCAGUAGAGUGUGUGAAGAGAAACAACAACAUCAAAGACUGUGCCGGUAACGAGCUGCAGUCCACCUCAUGGGGCUUCAGGGUGGUGUGUUCAGGUUUACUGGAGCGUCCCACCCUGACCCUCUCGGUGACUGUGGGGGUGUCCCAGAUCGAGGCUCGGUCCUUGAGGGUCCUGUUGGGGUCUCAGUUCCUGGUCCAGUGCUCGGUGAAGCCUCAGUUCUCAGGAGGCUCCUUCCAGCUGCUCUCUCCCACUGGGAACCAAACCCUGCCUGCUGUCAAUCACUCUACACACUUCCUGUUCAACCACACUGGCCCCGCCCACAAAGGAGACUACACCUGUGUUUACCACCAACAGGUGUUCAACCACAGCUUCUCCUCCGAGAGCGAGGGACUGGAGCUGAGGCUGGGAGUUCGAGACUCAGACUUCAUCAUCAGAGUCGUGGUCCUGUUAUUACUAAAGAUUGUGUGCAUCCCAAUGAUCUACUGCUACUGCAAGGCCAAGGCCAGAGGGGGCGCUAGAGAGAGGACAACACCGAUAUAA